AAAAUAAGAAACAAUUAAAACGUAUAACAAUAUAAAAUUUCCAUUUUAAUGAAAGUGUUAAUGAAUAACAUUUAUCUAUUAGACAGACAUUAUAUAUAUAUAUUCCCAAGUUUGGAUAGUUCAAUUAGCAAAAUUUUCAUUUAUAAACUAAACGGUUUUAUUAGUUUUCCUUAAACAUGUUACAAAUACGACCAUUAAACGAAGAUUUACAAACGAAGGCUAACGAAGAGCUGAAUGAAGUGCCUAAACGUAUUCCCGAGGAAUUAAACGCAUUCAGGACAUGGAUCCAACAACAAUCACAUUUACGUGCCAAUACCGAGGAUCAAUUUUUAAUUGCUUUCUUGCGCGGAUGCAAAUAUAGCCUAGAGAAGGCCAAAGGGAAAUUUGAUACCUAUUAUACUUUGAAAAGUAAAUUUCCUACAAUGUUUACUGAAACUAAUGUAGACAAUGAAAGAUUUCGUGAAGUAGUCCGUAUGGGAACGUUUUUAUAUCUACCUACGCCUUUACACGAUAAUGGGCCACGUAUCCUUCUCUUUCGUAAUGGUCUACCUCCAGCCGAGAAAUAUAAGGUGGAAGAUGUCUGGGCUGUCUUUCACGUUUUGCAAGACAUUUUGAUGUUAGAGGAUGACUAUGCCGUAAUCAAUGGCCUUGUAAUGGUUGGCGAUUUUAGAGAGUUCACUUUAGCUCAUGUUCUGCAAAACACACCAAUACUUAUAAGGAAAUGGGUUACAUAUAACUAUGAGGCAAUGCCGAUGCGUGUUAAAUCUACUCAUAUCGCUUUUGCACCCAAAGUAUUUGAUACACUUUACAAUAUUGGCAGACCUAUGUUACCGCUUAAGCAGCAGAAGAGACUAUUUGCCCAUAACAAUAAAUUGGAAUCGCUUACACAACAUGUGCCUCUGAAAUAUCUACCCAAAGAAUAUGGUGGAGAAAAUGGCACCAUUCCAGAAAUCAUUGAUGUAUGGGAUAAAAAAUUAGAUCAAUAUCGGGAUUAUUUUAAAAAGAGCGCCGAAUGGGGUACCGACGAGAAGUUACGUAUUGGAAAAAUUAAGGAUUACGAUAAUAUGUUUGGUAGUGAAGGUUCAUUUAAAAAAUUAGAAGUUGAUUAACUUUACGCCUAAAAGUCCAAUUUCGCGCAUCAACUUUGCAAAAGGGGCGGUAUUACCGGGGUUUACAACAAUUAGAAAAUUCAAUUAAUCCGUUAAGCAGCGCGUCGCAGCAGAUAUUAAUAUAAGAUAUUAUUCAGAUACUAAUUAACAUCGCUUCAAAGUUCAUGGUGAAAAUGGUUCGAAGCGUAAGCAAGUAAUACUCUCACACAGUAUGCAAAGCCAAGGUGCUCUCCAAGGCUUUCCUAUUUAUUUCCUGAAUAAACUAAUAACAUUCUUAUCUAUGCAAUUUUGCAAUUAUUCUUAUGUUCUCUCUUAAGCUCUUUUAAUUAAUCUGCUCUUUGAGUACAAUGGCGAUUAUUCGAAUUGCUCUUAAAUACUGUUUGUUAAAAGAGUCACAUUCGAUUUUGUGUGUUUUAUAUUAUGUUUGUAAUUAUGAAAAUAAAAAUUAAGCCUAUAAAAAUGUUUAUUAAAACUAAACGGUAAAUGGUGUUUCUCAAACUGUAGAGAUGGGUUUCUAACGAAUUCAAGUAAAUUGCAUUUACACUUAACAUACAUGCAUAAAAUUGUGCAUAAGGCUUUAACAAAAAUGCUCUACACUAAAAGGAGUUUUCGGUGUAAUGAAAACAAUACAAAUAAAUUCUUUGUUUGUUUAAACUGAAAGAUCACGAAAAUUACUGACUCUACGACCAUUGUGUCAAAUCCUUACUUACUUCCUUUUGCAGUCCAAUAGAAACCAUUCGUACAACUCUUAUGAAAACUUAGAACAACAAGUUAAUACAUAAUAAGGGGGACUAAUACUGCUGUUUUGUUAAAGUAAGCCCCGUUUCCUUACGCACUAACAUCAAAUUACUGUAAGUCUCGAGCUACAAGCAAUUCAUAUCCCCACCCCCAUUCAUAUAAUGCUUGUAGAUAACUAUCGUAUUUAUAUGAACAAAAGCCGAAGAUGAAAAAAUGGAAAAUAAUGUAAAUUAGAAGGCGUCAAAGUUUAAGUAAGGAAUUUAAUCAAAUUACGAAUAAGUUUUUAUACCCACUAAGCAAGGAUAAGGGAUACAUUGAUUUUUUUUAAAACGCUUGCAACGACCAGAAAGAAGCUUCAGAGACGCUGCAAAGUACAUAUACGCUUGAUCAGCCAGCACAUUCUUAAUUGGUUUAAACAAGUCCGUCUGCGUGUCUGUCCGUCUGUGCAAUGCCCGUUGUAAACUGGCUGCAGAAACAAAGCUAUCAGCUUCAAAUUUGCGGAAACAUUUGUGCCUCUUGCACGCAGCUUGAUAUUAAAAUAGGGGCAAAUCGGUCGAAGAGCACCCCUACAA